CUUGCUCAUUGUCCCAUUGUUUACUUACGACCAUGGCAUCUGUUGGAAUAGAGUCGAUUGAUAAAGAUAUUAGCCAAAUCCCAGAAAACACUCCUAAGAAAGGAGAGCUCCACCACGAUGUUGAAGUCGGGCCAGAGAUGAUUGAUCUUGAUCGAAUUGAGAGGGUGUACAAGAAGCUAGACCGACGUAUACUACCAGCAUUCUGGGUCCUGUACUUCCUCUGCUCAGCGAUUCGGUCAAAUGUUGGGCUUGCCCAGACGAUGAAUUCCAAACAGCAUCAUGACCUUGCCUCUGAGCUUAACCUAACCCCGAAGCAAGUGUCAACUGGACUAGCGCUCUUCUAUGUCUGCUAUGUCUUGUUUGACCUACCCUCCAACCUGAUUAUGUCCAAGUUGAGCCCGCACGUAUGGAUGAGUAGAAUCGUAACCGGAGUCGGCAUCAUCGGAACAUGUCUAACUGCUAUGAAGGCGGCCUGGAGCUUCUAUUUACUACGGCUGCUGCUUGGUAUCGUAAUUGCGGGUAUGUGGCCAGGCAUGUCAUAUUAUCUCACACUUUUCUAUCCGCCCUCUCGUACUGGUAAGCGGAUUGGCCGCUACUUUACUGCAGCGCAGGUUUCCGCAGCGGUCGUGGGUCUAGUUUCCGCCGGGUUCCAGGAGAUGGAUGGCUUAGGGGGGUUGGUAGGAUUCCAGUGGAUGUUUUUGCUGUACGGCUUGGUUGGAACCAUUGUCGGUAUAUCCUUGUUAUGGUGGCUUCCGGAUCGUCCGUUGCCUCCAGGCGAAGUCCGCGAUCGAGAGAGCUGGCGAAGAUUCAUACCUCAAAGUAAACCGGCUUUGACAGGCGAGGAUGCGCGAAUCCACUACGACGACUUGACGCGGGUAUACCAUCGCCGAACCUGGAACAUGAGAGAUCUCUGGCAUGUGGUGAUCGAUUGGCGUUUGUGGCCAUUGGUCAUGAUGUAUUUUGGUGUGGUGGGUGUGGGCAUUGGGACCCAAAGCUACGGCACAGUCAUCAUCCGGGGUAUUAACCCAGACCUUACAGGCAUCCAGCUUAGCCUGCUCUUUGCUCCGAUUUGGGUGAUGGAUCUCAUUGCUAUUCUCAUCGUCACUCCCCUUUCUGACCGGUUUCAUCACCACCGCGCUCUAUUCUUCAGUACUGCCGUCAUGAUCCAGAUCACUGGCCUGCUCGUCACAACCUUUGCGGGGAACGAGUCCAGCUCGUGGUCGCGCUAUGGAGGCCUCUUGAUGGUGGGCUUCGGGCUGGGACCGACAGUCCCCAUCUGCAUGACCUGGACCAACGAGAUAUUCCAGCCGCGCCAUGGUGAAGUUGGUGUGGCUGCCGCAAGUGCGCUUGUUUCCGGAUUAGGAAACUUAGGCAGCAUUCUGACCACCUACGCAUUAUACACAGGUUGGCCGGCAGAUGCCGUCGGACCUCACAAGUUUCGAAAGAGUAACCUAGUCAUGAUCGGUAUCCUGUGUGGCAGCAUUCUAAGUGCUGGCGUAAUGGUGGUAUUAUUGAAGGUGUUUGGCAACUCUAGAGCAAAGCAGAUUAGCAGCGCCAGCUCGACUAGUGUCGGCGAGGCUGUCUACGUCGAUGGUGCGGCUCGGCGAGAGGUGCAGCAGAGAGGGUUGGGACGGAUGUUCAGUUUUUAG